AUGACACCAGAUAUCAGUAGCCAUCCAUCUAAUAUACCUGGCAGUGAUUCAUUUCAAAACUUGAACGAACCAGACAAGGCCUUGACACACCCUCAGGAGUACAAAGGGGAUGGGGUGGACACACAGGAACCACAGGAACACUGGAGAAGCCUAGUCGACUUUGACGCCUCCGACUCUACACAACUCGACACGCUGUAUAAGACAUAUCUCAGCCACUACGGACCCCAGUCAACUGCAACAAAUGCUACACGUAUGCAGUAUGGGAAGGCUAUUGCCUUUGCCUCGCUCAAACGCUACUACCCCGCCUCCCAAGGCUACAAGAUCGAACCUGCGUCUCUGGGACCUGUUGCGAAGAGCGGCGUCAACUUCAUCUUGGCCGCCGAAGACCAGUCAGAUGUGUGGAAAGAUCUUCCUGUGACGAAUCCCAAAGCCGAAGCAAAAAGGAAGAAGAAGAGACGUCCAAGCAAGUAUGAGCUGAGGAAAGCAGCCAUGAUCGCCCAAGCCAACCAGUACAACCAUGGCAUGGCUUGGACCAUGAGGUUGCGGUGGGAUCGCAUUGAACCGCACGACAUUGCCGCUUUUGUGGUUGAGCGAAAGAGGGAGGUGACGCAUGAGACGACUGGAGUAGCCAAUUACGAAUGGGUCCCGUACACGUACCUUGGCAUUAUUAUCGAAAACUACGACCAACUACCACAGUUCUCGUCUGAGAACGUGGUGCACCGCAGCGACAUUCUUGUGCAUGCGCUAUGUCAAGCGGGCAAUGUUCAAGAAGGCUACGGCAUCUUACUGUAUGGACCGCGUCUCGAGUUCUACAGCUUCCGUGCUGGACAAGAAUGGGCUGAGGACAGUGACAGUGAAGACGAGGAGCGGGAUAGUGAAGAGUUUGAGCCGAAGAUGCAAGCAUUGGUGUGUGGGGGUCGUGAGCUAGCCAUGGAUCUGCGAGAUGGCGACUUACGCACGGUUGACGAGGCGUUCAAUGAGAUUGCGGGAGUCAAGGUUGUGUAUCGAAGUGAGACGAAGGUCGAGGAGAAUAAGACAGCGGGGGGAGAGUGA